AUGGGGCGGGAACUGUACAGACGCAAGCGUGUUCAGGUGGUAGCGUGUGGAGACAGCCAGACCGACCUGUCGGGCUCCGGGACCCUCAGCGCUCAGCUUGGCACCACCACACUGGGUCCAUCAGAGGCCACAGGCUCCCUGGAGCGGCCACGGCCUUUGGCCAGGCCCCCUUUUAGCGCCAGGCAGCAGAUGCUGGUGGGGAGAGUGCCGGGCUCUCUGGGCGCACUCCUGUUCUCGCGGGGUGCUUUCGUGGUGGACGGGGCAGAAGCAGAGGCUCCCGAAGAAAAGGAGGUCAUUAAAGGCCAGUACGGGAAGGUGACCGAUGCCUACGGCUGCUUGGGGGAGCUCACGCUAAAAUCCGGUGGCGCCUCCCUGAGCUUCCUGGUUUUGGUGACAGGCUGCGUCUCCGUGGGCAGAAUUCCAGAGGCUGAAAUCUACAAAAUCACCGCCACCGAUUUCUACCCCCUUCAGGAAGAGGCCAGAGAGGAGGACCGGCUGGCCGCCCUGAGGAAGAUCCUGAACUCGGGGGUCUUCUUCUUCUCCUGGCCCUGCGAGGGCUCCUGCUUCGACCUCACCGUCCGGGCGCAGAAGCAGGGCGACAACAGCCAUGAGUGGGGAGACUCCUUCUUUUGUGGGCUUGGGGAGCAUACCCGGGCUUUCAGGGAGCUGCGGAAGCUGACCAUCUACCUGGAUGACUGCGUGUCGUCUUUCGUCCAGAUCAGAGGCUCGGUUCCACUGUUUUGGGAGCAGCCGGGGCUUCAGGUGGGCUCCCACCAUCUGAGACUCAACAGAGGCCUGGAAGCCAACGCCCCUGCGUUCGACAGGCAUAUGGUGCUUCUGAAGGAGCAGUAUGGGAAGCAAGUGGUGGUGAACCUGCUGGGGAGCAGAGGUGGAGAGGAGGUGCUCAACAGAGCCUUCAAGAAGCUGCUCUGGGCUUCUUGCCACGCCAGCGACACGCCUAUGAUAAACUUUGACUUCCAUCAGUUCGCCAAAGGCGGGAAGCUAGAGAAAUUGGAGAACCUGCUGCGGCCCCAGUUGCAGCUGCACUGGGAUGACUUUGACGUCUUCGCGAAGGGCGAGCAUGUGAGUCCACGCUUCCAGAAAGGCACUCUGCGGAUGAACUGUCUGGACUGCCUGGACCGAACCAACACAGUGCAGAGCUUCAUCGCCCUCGAGGUCCUUCACCUCCAGCUCGAGAGCCUGGGGCUGAAUUCGAAGUCCAUCGCUGACCGCUUCGUGGAGUCCUUCAAAGCCAUGUGGUCUCUGAACGGGCACAGUCUGAGCAAGAUGUUCACGGGCAGCCGGGCCCUGGAGGGGAAGGCCAAGGUGGGGAAGCUCAAGGACGGGGCCCGGUCCGUGUCCCGCACGAUCCAAUCCAACUUCUUCGACGGCGUGAAGCAGGAGGCCAUCAAGCUGCUGCUGGUGGGGGACGUGCGCAGCGAGGAGUUCACUGACAAGGGCAGGAUGCUGCUGGACAACACGGCUCUGCGGGUGAACCCCCGGAUCCUGAGAGCCAUGCUGGAGCGCCAGGCGGAGUUCACAAACCUCAGACGGGUCCGCGUGGCCACGGGCACCUGGAACGUGAACGGGGGGAAGCAGUUCCGCAGCAAUCUGCUGGGCACGGCGGAGCUCACGGACUGGCUGCUGGACGCUCCCCGGCUGGUGGGCAUGCCGGAGUGCCCUGAUGACAGCAGCCCGGCUGACAUAUUUGCCGUGGGGUUUGAAGAGAUGGUGGAGCUGAGUGCAGGAAAUAUAGUCAAUGCCAGCACCACCAACAGGAAGAUGUGGGGCGAGCAGCUCCAGAAAGCCAUCUCCCGCUCCCACCGCUACAUCCUGCUGACCUCGGCGCAGCUGGUGGGCGUCUGUCUGUUCAUCUUCGUGCGGCCCUACCACGUGCCCUUCAUCAGGGACGUGGCUGUGGACACGGUGAAGACCGGCAUGGGCGGAAAGGCCGGCAACAAGGGCGCCGUGGGCAUCCGCUUUCAGCUCCACAGCACCAGCUUCUGCUUCAUCUGCAGCCACCUGACGGCCGGGCAGUCCCAGGUCAAGGAGCGGAACGAGGACUACCGGGAGAUCACCCAGAAGCUGAGCUUUUCCGCGGGCAGAAACAUUUUUUCUCAUGACUACGUGUUUUGGUGCGGCGAUUUCAACUACCGCAUCGAUCUCACUUAUGAAGAGGUCUUCUAUUUUGUUAAACGCCAAGACUGGAAGAAACUUUUGGAAUUUGAUCAGCUACAGCUACAGAAGUCAAGUGGAAAAAUUUUUAAAGAUUUCCACGAGGGCGCCAUUAACUUCGGGCCCACCUACAAGUAUGAUGUUGGCUCCGCCGCCUACGACACUAGUGACAAAUGCCGCACCCCCGCCUGGACAGACAGGGUCCUGUGGUGGAGGAAGAGGCAUCCCUUUGACCGAACAGCUGGAGACCUCAACCUCCUCGACCACGACCUAGACGCCGACCCCACAGUCAGACACACGUGGUCUCCCGGCGUCCUCAAGUACUACGGCCGCGCCGAGCUGCAGGCGUCUGACCACAGGCCGGUGCUGGCCGUUGUGGAGGUGGAGUUGCAAGAAGUGGACGUGAGCGCGCGGGAGCGGGUGUUCCGGGAGGUGUCCUCCUGCCAGGGCCCCCUGGACGCCACCGUGGUCGUAGACCUCCAGUCGCCCACCGUGGAAGAGAAGAGCGACUUCCCGGAGGACGUGCGCGCCGAGCUCAUGCAGACCCUGGGCAGCUACGGGACCAUCGUCCUGGUCAGGAUCAAGCAAGGGCAGAUGCUGGUGACGUUCGCUGACAGCCACUCGGCCCUGAGCGUCCUGGGAGUGGACGGCAUGAAGGUGAAAGGAAGAGCCGUGAAGAUUAGACCCAAGACGAAGGACUGGCUGAGCGGCCUGCAGGAGGGGGUCAUCCGGAAGCAGGACAGUGUGGCCUCCGUGUCGCCCACCGCCAACUCGUGCUUGCUGGAGGAGAGCUUCGACUUCACGAGUCUGGACUAUGAGCUGGAAGGGGACAUCCUUGAAGAUGACGAGGACUAUUUGGUGGAUGAACUAAGUCAGCCUGUGGCCUCGGACGGCGAGCUGGGGGCGGACGAGCUUUGCGAGGCCCCCCGCCCCUCGACAGCGGCUCCCCCCAGCAGCUCACCUGCUCUCACCAAGAAGCAGCACCCGCCCUACCGAGAUGACGCUGACCUGGUGGAGUUAAAGCAGGAGCUGGAAGCAGUUGGGGAUCCCCGCCACCGCUCUCCAAGCAGGUCUCUGUCGGUCCCCAAUAGGCCUCGGCCACUUCAGCCGCCACAGAGACCCCCCCUUCCAACAAGCUUAGCGGUGAAGAAGUCGGCUUCGGAUGCAUCCCUCUCCUCCGGCACCCACGGGCAGUACUCGAUCCUGCAGGCCGCAAAGCUUCUGCCGGGAGCGUCUCAGCAGGUGCCCAAAGCUAGGACUGGGAUUAGUAAACCCUACAACGUCAAGCAGAUCAAAACCACCAACGCCCAGGAGGCGGAGGCAGCAAUCCGAUGUCUUCUGGAAGCCAGAGGAGGUGCCCCAGGAGAAGCACUAAACGCCUCAACUCUGAGAGACCUAGGCUCCUCCAAACCAGAGCCACCAGCGGGGGUGCCCACUAUCCUGCCCCGGCGCCCCGCACCCAAAGUUCCUGCCAUCAAGAAGCCAACCUGGAAGAGGACGGGAAAGCCUGAGUCACCCGAAGAGCAACCCGCUGCCCACUUUACCAUCGGGCCCCCGGAGCCCAGCCUCGCAGCCCCGCCUGCUUCCGCUGUCCCGCCUGUUCCCAAGCCAAGGACGCUGCCGCCCGGGAAAGGCUCCCAGCGGAGGCCCGGCGGUGGGAAGCCAGGGCCAGGCCACGGCACCCCUGUGACCGGAGCCACCACGCCGCCCCCUCUGGAGGUCCCGCCUCGUGUGCCCCAGGUCCCCCCCAGAAGGAAGAAGUCAGCCCCAGCGGCCUUCCACCUGCAGGUUCUGCAGAGCGGCAGCCAGAGCCUCCAGGGCCCCCAGGGCGGGGGCAGCCCCAGCGAGGGGCCCCCUGGCUACCAGCCCGCCGGGGGCGUGCUCUCCCCACAGCCAGCUCCUCCUGGCACCUCACCUGCUCCCAGCCCGGAAGCCGACGGCCCCAAGGAGACCAAGCCGGGGGCGGCCCCCCUGCCCAGCGGGGAUCGGGAUCCUUUCUGGAACCUUCUCCAGCACCCGAACCUGUUGAAUAAAGCCUGGCUGUCCAAGAGCUCCGAGGCCUUGGACCCGGGGAGCCGGCGGCUGGGAAGAGUGUGCACAGUGCCCCCGCAGGGCAGUGCCCGGGCCACCGGGGACCCCCCGCCCGAGCACAGGCAGCAGGACUCCGGUCCCUGGGUGGCCAUCAGCGACAAGGACAAGAGGACGGUGCUGCAGGUGUUCGACCCUCUGGCAGAGACAUGACGGCCGGCAGCCGUGCUCACAGGCUGUCCUUGUCCCCUCAGGCCUCACUUUGUGGGGAAAAGCCCGUGCCCCCCAAGUCAGAGAGACAUCUAUUUAAAGGCACUAAAAAGACCUGCUGCUUGUCACUCCUUGUGGUUUACAGAAUCUGUGUCUCUUGUUCGAUAAGAUGAGACUCGACACCAUGACAGGCUUUACUCCCGCCUGGGGCGCACCACGGGUCCCUCAGGUGGGGGGCACCAUGCAAUGGGGGUGUGGCUGCGAGAAGGGGGUGCGCUGAGCAUACCCGUGGGGUCACGUCUGUUCAGUUUACAUGUGAAUGCGGCGGCAUUUGGCCUUUCGAUGGCACGGGUGGCCGAUGCCUGAGCAGGCCGGCACUCAGGCCGGGCGUGGUUGUGGCUGGGCAGAGCCUUGGACACCAGGUUGAAGUGGGGCAGCCAGAGACUGGACGUACAUUACCACGGCCGUGCCAGCCACAUGGGCGCCUGCCCUCGCCGGCGUGAGAACUGUGGGGAACACACGCAACUUCCUGUUGCAGACUGGGGCUUCUGCCUGCAACUUCCCCUGCGCAUCCCUGGCCAGAGUGGCACAGUCUCAGACACUGCCACGUGGCCGUGACAGCCCGGGCUGGGGCGCCCGAGGCCGACCUCCACUCUCUGUCCCCCGUCCAGUGAAGUUCGCGGAGUCUUUGUUCCCCUUUGGUCGACAGCCGGUAAGCACACCGCACAUGACAGCUCACGCCGGCCAGAGUAUCGACGCCCCCUGGUAUACAAGACAAAGACUGUGUCUCUGUCCCGGCUCGCCUGGCCGUGGCUUCAGGGAAGAGCCCCCCCGGCGCCAUCCACGUUUGCGUCUCUGCAGGCGUAUUCGGUUAAUUUGUGCCCGACGUGUUUCCUUCUACACAUUCCGAACACGCCUGCUUUGCCUACUCCAUCACUGAAAAAGGCACCCGUACACCUGUACAUCGAAAAGGAACGUGCCAGGCUGCGAGGCGCUUGCAGGUCGCAGUUUUGCCAGUAAAUCGCUGGCAAAAGCUCAGUGCGGUGCGUCCGGUCGGACCCGGUCAUCCUGCUGUGGGUGCAGCUGAGCUGGCGAGUAGUCCGCGGCUGGCCACGGCCCCCACCCCCGCCACUAACAAGCCGCGUGGCAGGUCAGGGAGAGCUGCUGCACGAAACGAAUCAUUUUGUUGACGUUCAAGGCCCCGAAUAAAAUUCUCCUGCCAUGUAUAUAAGUCUACCCAAAGUCAUGUAUGAAAACACUAUAAAGAAGUCAUUUCCUUAGACAGGAAAGCCGCAAAGGCGUGUAUCAGGUCACUCGCAACGAAUAAAAGCCUGUCCUGUGUAUUUGAAGUGAUAAUUUAUACUGAAAUUGUAAAAA